AGGUGGGAUUAAGCUAAUGGCGCCCCGCCCCGGGAGCUCGCUACGCAGCCUCCCGUCGGAGGAGGAAGGAAUCGAGUCAGAUGUGAUUUGAAGAAUGAAGAAUUUGCAGUACUAGUUUGCAGAGGAAGAAGAGACUUAGACAAUUUGGAAGAUGAAGUUUGUUUGGGGAAUUCAUCGUAAUGCACUGGCAUAUUCCAUGACUACAUUAGGUGCUGGAAUGAUGAACAGUAUCUUUAACUUCUACUACGUUAAACUUUUCCUAAACCAAUAUAAAAUUUCAGAAGUAGCAUUUCAUCAAGCGCAGGUGGUAUUUAUGAUAUGGAAUGCCAUUAAUGAUCCUCUUUUUGGGUAUAUUCAAGAUAACUCCAAAUUCGCAUGCUGCUCAAGGCGUCAGUUUUCAAUUUUAUAUGGAGCUCCCUUGUAUGCAUUAGCCUUUUUGCUUCCUUGGUUUCCGUGGAAACAUUAUGAGGAAGGUGACUGGCUAAGUGGUGUUCACCUUAUUGUUGCUUUAUGUGCUUUUGACGGUUUGCUUACGUUUGUGCUUCUAGCGCAAUGUGCGCUCUUCGCAGAAAUUUCCACAAGACAUGAAAGUAGGCUUCAGCUUAUUAAGUAUAACCAAGUAGCAACGUUAAUCGGAUCAACAAGCAUUCUCUUCUGUGGUCUAAUAUCAGAUAACAUGGAGAAUUUUGCCUCUUUUCAGGCUUUUACUGUUUUGGUUGCAGCAUUAGCAACAGCUUGUAUGUGUUACACGGGCAAAUACAGUACAAGUCAGUAUGAACAGAGAGAAAUUCCUAUGGAAAGUGCUAAUCUAGAAAAUGGUGAUGGAGCUCUCUCCUGGUCCUCUGUAAUUUCUCUAACCAAACAGAUUAUGGCAGAGAAAAACUUUUUAUUUUUUGUAACUAUGAACUUCUUCCAAGUCUUUCACCUAGCCUUUUGCAACAAUUUUAUGAUGAUCUUUGCGGAUAAUCUCAUUCCUAAGGAUGUCCUUUCCUCCUCAAUAAGAAGUAUCAUGUAUGGAGCAGGCUUUAUUUGUCCUCAGUGCCUUGUUCUUCUCAGUCAUGCUUCAUUGAAGAAGUUUGGUUAUUACAGAAUCAUCUUGUUUUCCUUUUACUUAGAAGGAAUAGCUGCUGCUGUAAUGUUUUUUCUAGGGCCAGAACACUAUUAUCUUUUGGCAUUUUAUCUCACAACAAACAUGGUAAUUGUACAAGCCUCAUUUAGUUUGUUCAAUCUGCCCUUGGCAGAUAUUGUUGAUGCAGAUUUAAUAAAACACAAACGGAGAUCACCGCUUUCCUCCAUGGUUUUUGGUACCAAUGCUUUGUUUACCAAGCCUGCACAGUCUUUGGCUCCAAUGCUUGUGGUUACAAUACUAAAUCAAUUUGGAUAUGAGAACCUCAGCAAUGAAAUUGCUCAGCCUGAUCCAAGUUUGUUUUUAGGUCUUCAUGAUGCCAUGUUCUAUUUGAUCUGUCUGGUUCCACUUUGCAUUGCGGUCAUACAGAUUCUGACGUGGACUCGUUUUUCAAUCCAGAAUAGUCAUUUGACAACUGCAUACUAAAUAUUUAAUAGUUGGUCUGUAAAUGUUCCGCUGAACUGUACACAAGAGAUGUAGUAUGUUUUAAAUGUGAAAAAGCAAAAUUGCAUUGAAUGGACUAUUAGACCAAAACAUAGUUUGAGCCAUUUCAAUAAAGUUGGAUUCUUCAGAGUGUGUAGAAUAUCACAGAGAUUCCCAUUCAGCCUUAAUAUUCUGAGGCUGUGCAGAGUUUUUUCUAGUUGAGUUGUCAUUUGAAUGUGACAGGUGUGUAUAAGACAGGGGAGAUGUGCUUUUUUUCCCUAAAUGACUAAAUAAAUUUCUGGUACAUACUGGUCACUGUUAAAUCUUUGAAGAAAGGAUAUGGCAGAUGGUAAAGGAAUCCCAGCCCAGCACCUGGAACUCAAUGGAACUGCAUUUUCAUAAGCUUACUGAAAGGUGGUGGAUUAAUUCUGCUGUACCUGAUAAAAUGGCACAUCUCUGAAGUUUGCCAGGAAAAGCCUGGAUGGACAUCCCUCAGGGAAGGCAGGGAGACAGAAAAAUUUAGUUGGUAUUUAGCUGGCCACAUCUUAUGACAAAUCUGUCAGCUAGUGGAGGAAGAGCCAAGAAUAAUUAAUUGCCUUGUAAAAGUCAGUGUAAGACUAAAUAGGAAAAAGAUUAAAAUGCUAUUCAAUAAAGUGUUGCUGAUUACGGAAAAAGCUCCAUACUUCUUCUUUUGAAGGUACUAUAUUGCAGUACAUUAUACAAAAUGUCACUGUGGUAAGAAAAGUAUUAGUAUGCAGAUGUAGUCAUGUUCAGUUAGUGGGACAAAUCUAAGCACACACAUAUUGGAUGGAACUGCCCGCUUAGUAGUGUUGGAUUGAUGGACUCAUUUGAUGUGAUGACAGAUGACAUUAAUUUCUGAUUUAUCCUUACCAAAAUCUUUUCAGUCUUAAUCUUUUACAUAGAUCCUGUGAUUUUUAUAAAAAAAAGUUCUGUUUGACAUCAUUUAGAAACAUUUAUUUCACACGUGCUGUAAUGAUAAGAUGCAUUAGUAUGUUUACACUACUCUUGUUUAAUAGAUUAUCUUUUUUCCUCUAAUGUAUCCAGUGUUAGAUAAUCUGUCUUGAGCAACAGUGGUUUUCAAAUUGUGUAAUGAUAGAUACGUUAAGUAUCUACCAUCGCAGUUUUUUCUUUGUUUUGCCUGGUGAAACAUAAUUUUAGAACCACCUCUCUUACUGAGUGCCAGUUACUCGAAAGUACAAGAAGAUGCAUUGUAUGUAUCUAGACUUUUGGUGUUGACCCAGCUCAUUUCUGAGGCUCUGCCUUUAUCAUGAUAGGUAACUUGGAAGAGGAAGGAAUGUAAGAAUUUGCUGUGCAUUUUGGUGGACACUGGCAUAAUUGAGUUAAGAGGUUUGAGAUUUGACAUAUCAGUCUUGGAAAAAAUAGCUAUUCUUUUGUGCCUCAUUUUUUCCAUUUGCAGAGUAGAGGCAACUUUGUUUCCCUGCUUUUUCUAACGUGUAAAAUGCUUUCAAAUGUGAGUGAAAAAGUGGGAUAUCAUUGUUAAAUAUUAUUUAAAAUCCAAAUGAAUCUUAUGAUAUGAAGAUUUAUGUUAAAAUGUAAGAAGCCAGAAAUGUGAUGAAGUUUUAAGUUGCAUUUAUCUGUUUUUAUCUCUGAUUUGCCAGAGAUACCAUUAUUGAUUUGCACUGUAGAUGCUAAUAGCAUUAUGCACACGUACAAGUGUCAUAUGUAUUUGCAUAUCCAAAGAAUAUUUAUAAAAAUACUAGAACAGACACAGACUGCAUGUUUACGUUCUGUAUUUUAAAAGAUGCACUGCGUUGUCUAUAUGAAUUUUCUGCCUGGUGGCGGUAAUCUAUUUUUAAAAACCAACAGCAUGAUUUGAUUGUUAGCGAGGAACCCCCGACAUUCUUACUGUUUUGUGGAUGUGCUUACUGAAAGAGAAAAAUCUGAAGAAAUUUACGUUAACAUAGUCUUUGAUCCAUUAUAUGAAACUAUUUUCUCCCUGACCAUUCCUUUCAAGGUGGUCAUAAAUAAUUUACUAUAUAUAUAUUUUUAUGUAGUUUCUCUGUCAGUAUUUCCUAAUUUUCAUGUGUUUGUCCUUUUUCUUACAGAAUAUGUAUUUUCUGCUAGGAAAAAAUGUUAUUGCUUCAUAAAUACAGUGUUUCUUAGA